UCAUUUAAAAUUUAAGUUCUGACUUUAAGUUAAACUAUUUUCAAUUAUAUAAAGAGAAAAAUCACUUUUGAAGAUAAGUUAAAUUUUAAAAUGUAUUAGAAUAUCAAUUUAUUGAGUGUUUCAGUGAUUUUGAGCUUUGUCAUCUCCUGAGUGCGUUUUGAGUUUUGAUAGACUUUUUUCCUAUAGUUUUGGGGUUUUUUCCCACAUAUUUUUUAUAAAGCUGAUGAAAUUCUUCUGUUAUGUUUUAGAAAAGAAAGAUGAUUUUGACUGGGGACAAUACUUGAUGGAAGGUGAAGAAAUUGACCUUGGUCCAAAUGUGGACACACCAAAUUGGUCUGAAGACAGUGAAGAUGAAGAUGAUCAACAGCCCUUAAGUAGAGAAGAUUCUGGGAUUCAGGUGGACAGGACACCGUUAGAAGAACAAGAUCAAAACAGAAAACUGGGGUCUUGUGUCAGCUGGAAAGGUACUAUGCCUCAUUGUCUUGUAGUAGGACAGGCAUGGGAAUCAAUCUAUAUGAUUUAAGAUACUGGUAAGCUCUGCCAUCCUCACAAAUCUUUUUAAACCAUUAGUAGAUCUAUAGUGUCUAAGAAGUGGUACCACAAAAUUAAUGUUGAAAGGAGAUUUAGAGUAAAAUUCAGUUCUUUUUUUUUGUUGUUGUUGUUCUGAGACCUUUACUAGUCCUAAAUAUUUCAGUUUGUUUUUUAUUGGAGAAGGGUUGACUUUGCUAAAGUUAGAAACCAAAUAAAAGGAAAAAAGAUCUGUACAAUUUAAUUUUAAAUUGGAAUGUUUGAGUUUUAGUGAAGAACUUUGAAUGGGUAGACUCUAGAAAGAACUAGAAGCAACCUCAGAGAUUAGAUUAUGUAAUUCUACUCCUCAUUUUGUGGGCAAGGAAACAAAGUCUUGGUUACGUUGAUUUUUCUAUGGUCACGUGGCUGUGAAACUAACCCCAGAAGCUGGGAUAUGUAACCAGACCCUGUUUACUGUACUUGAACCUUGCUAAAUGGACAAGUAUUUAAAGCUGAUUUAGCAUCCUAAUGAUUUUCUAUUUCUUUUUAAUUUUUGUAUCGGACCUUGAGGGCAGAGUGUGGUCAUUACUAAUCCAUGCAGGAACUUUUAGUUUAGGUUAUAUCCUCUAUUCUGCUAUUUCUGAUUCUCACUACCUAUUCCCUUUCUCUGCCAGCCCAGUUCUAGGUACCUGUUGUAAUGUAUUUGAUACCUGUGUUCUCACACAAGUCAAGUUC